AUGGUUUUGGCGGAAAAGAGUGCUAAUAUUCCAGUUGUUAAAAGCUUUGAUGGCACUAAAGCUGGCCCUGAUGGUUCACCACUGACUAAGAACAACUUGAAACUAUUACAGAAAUCUAUCUUUGAGCUGGAAAAUAAGAAUUUUGAGUGUCCUCAUUACUUGUGUAGUUUAGAUAAUAUGGCACAGAUCAGGCAUUCGAGAACCUGGUUUCUGUUUGAGUUAGAGAUGACAUAUGAUGGAUAUUUCAAUCUGAGAAAUUCGUGCUAUUUCACAAGAGUUUACCGCAAUAUAUUGCCAGUGUGGCCUAAUACUAGCUGCUUAAGUUUGAAUAAAACAGCAUUCGAUUCCAGAGUCCAGCUUAUGCCUUUAAAUCACAUUAUUAUAUCCAAUUAUGCUGCUGCCAUACCAGAGAGGAAAAGAAAAUAUAAUCCAGAUGAUAUAAAUGAUAUUUAUGUCGAAAUUGCUGAUAUAGCUGAAUUUGGUAAUGUUCAAAAAUAUAUCCCACCAACAAUACUAACGAAGCGCCGAAAUAUGGAAUCUUUCAACGACUGUAAAGUUAAUACAAAAGAUAUAAUUAGUUUCAAAGAUGUUAAUCAGGAAUAUGAAACGUGGUUGGAUAAACAUCUUUCGCUAGCUAAAGAUCGGGAUUAA